AUGUCUUCGUCGCCAAUUUCUUCUUUGCGGCGGCAUUCGGCAAGUUACCGGAACUGGGAGCUCUCCGUCGGUAACGGUUUCGCUUAUACGGUCUUCAGCGCUUUUGGUCUGUUCUACGCCGGCUUUGGUGCUAUCUUGACUCCUGCCUUCGGGGUUGAGGCAGCAUAUGGAGGCGAUGUGAAGCAAUACAACAACGCUCUCGGAUUCUUCAUGAUCAUGUGGACUGUCUUCGCCUUGGUCUUUCUGGUAGCGUCCUUGCCGACCAACCUGGUCUACAUCAUCAUCUUCUUUUGUGUCGAGCUAGGAUUCUUACUAGUCUCGGCUUCUUAUUUCGCCACGGCAGAUGGACACCCGACCUCGUCCGUCGCUCUCAAGAAAGGCGGUGGUGCUUUCUGUUUCUUGGCUGGAUUGACCGGGUGGUAUCUGACGUUCGCGUUGCUGCUCAAAGACUCCAUCGUUGAGCUACCACUCGGCGACACUUCCCGGUUCUUCGCGAAGAGAAAGGCGGAAUAA